AUGUCCUGGUGGUCUAAUGCCACAUUAUAUGGAAAAACUUUGACAGAGUUUGUUAAAAAAAAUAUUAACGGAGAUAAUGAAACAGAAAAAGUAAUAAAAGGGGAAGAAUUUGAUAUUGAAAAUGUUGAAGAAGUUAAAAAUGAAAGAAAAAAUUCAAUAAAGUCAAAGUUUGUUAGUCUUAAAGAUGUUGCUGUUGGUAAGGCAAACGAAUGGAAGGAAUAUAUGAAUGAAAUUGCUACAACCAAAGAAGAAGAUGAAAAUAAUGAAGAAGGCAAAGCUAAUUCAACUAUAAAUAAUCGUUUAACUGCAAUUACAAAAAAAGCUACUGAUGAUUUUUCUAAAUUUGCUAGAAAAGCUUCUGACAUUACUGUUAAAAAAGCUGGUGAAUUGAAAAAUUUAGUUGAUAAAGUUGCCAAAGAUUCAUUACUUGGAGAACUUGAUAGAGAAAAUUUAAAAUAUAUUGAGGAAUUAGAAAAAGAAAAAUCAGAAGAAACAAUUGAUUUGCCAUGGAUUGGAAUGCCUGAUGAAGGAUUAGCUCAAAAACGUAUAUUAUCAUUAUCAUUGGAUGCAAAAAACUUUACUGGUCAUGUUCCUGAAUCUAUUGGAUAUACAAAUAGGGAAAUAGAUGCACUUGCUGGUGUUAUGAUAGAAAAAGAUCCUCAUUUAAGAAAAAUGAGAAUGAGCCUUGUACCAAAAGAAAUAAAUGAGGAAAAAUUUUGGAAAAAUUAUGCAUAUAAAGUUUAUAUUGUAAGAAAAAUACUUAUGGAAGAGACUAAUUCAAGUAAUAAAACUCAAAAUUCUGUUGAUGAAACAACUGAUGAUGAUUGGGAAAAAGAAAUUCUUGGAGACUUAGAUUAUGAUACAGUUAUGGAAGAAACAGGUAAUAAAAGUAAUGAACAAUGGGAGGCUGAGAUAAAUGAAAUUUUAGAAAGUAAUCCUUAA